GAUUCUGGCGACUGCUGGCACUGACUUUGACCUGAGGACCCUGCGAGCCGUGCGAGUGCUGCGACCCCUAAAACUCGUGUCGGGAAUCCCGAGCCUGCAGGUUGUGCUCAAGUCCAUCAUGAAGGCGAUGGUGCCCCUGCUGCAGAUCGGGCUGCUCCUCUUCUUCGCCAUCGUCAUGUUUGCCAUCAUCGGGCUGGAGUUUUACAUGGGCAAGUUCCACAAAACCUGCUUCUCCAACGAGACAGGUGACGAGGUGGGAGAUUUCCCUUGUGGAGAGGAGCCCCCUGCCAGGCAGUGUGAGAGCGGGACCACCUGCAGGGAGUACUGGCAAGGGCCCAACUACGGCAUCACCAACUUCGACAACAUCCUCUUUGCUGUGCUCACCGUCUUCCAGUGCAUCACCAUGGAGGGAUGGACAGACAUCCUCUACAAUACAAAUGAUGCUGCAGGAAAUACCUGGAAUUGGCUUUACUUCAUCCCUCUCAUCAUCAUUGGCUCUUUCUUCAUGCUCAACUUGGUGCUGGGCGUCUUAUCAGGUGAAUUUGCCAAAGAACGCGAGCGGGUGGAGAACCGCCGAGCUUUCCUCAAGCUCCGCCGGCAGCAGCAAAUCGAGCGGGAGCUCAACGGGUACCUGGAGUGGAUCUUCAAAGCAGAGGAGGUCAUGCUGGCGGAGGAAGACAAGAAUGCAGAAGAGAAAUCUCCUCUGGACGGGAGGGCCGCCUCGGAAGGGCCGAUCCACCAAGGCACGGCACCGGCAGAGACUAGCAGCGGCAGCAGCUACAACAUGUUGAAAAGAGCCGCAAUAAAGAAGAGCAAAAACGACCUGAUUCAUGCAGAAGAAGGGUCUCCUUUUGCCCGCGCCAGCUUGAAGAGUGGGAAGAACGAGAGCUCGUCCUACUUCAGGAGGAAAGAGAAGAUGUUCCGGUUCUUCAUCCGCCGCAUGGUGAAGGCUCAGAGCUUCUACUGGAUUGUCCUGUGUGUGGUGGCCCUCAACACCCUCUGUGUGGCCAUGGUGCACUAUGACCAGCCCGAGAAGCUCACCACUGCUCUCUAUUUCGCAGAGUUUGUUUUCCUGGGGCUGUUCCUCACUGAGAUGUCUUUGAAGAUGUAUGGGCUGGGACCAAGGAACUACUUCCACUCCUCAUUCAACUGCUUUGACUUUGGGGUCAUCGUGGGAAGUAUAUUUGAAGUUAUUUGGGCUGCAGUGAAACCAGGAACCUCAUUUGGCAUCAGCGUAUUGAGGGCACUUAGGCUGCUGAGGAUUUUCAAAGUAACAAAGUACUGGAAUUCCCUGAGGAAUCUGGUGGUCUCCUUGCUGAACUCCAUGAAGUCCAUCAUCAGUUUGCUUUUCCUGCUGUUCCUGUUCAUCGUGGUGUUUGCUUUGCUGGGGAUGCAGCUCUUUGGAGGACAGUUCAACUUCCAAGAUGAAACUCCCACCACCAAUUUCGACACCUUCCCCGCUGCCAUCCUCACAGUAUUCCAGAUCCUGACAGGGGAGGACUGGAAUGCCGUGAUGUACCACGGGAUAGAGUCGCAGGGCGGGGUCCGCUCGGGGAUGUUCUCCUCCAUCUACUUCAUCGUCCUGACGCUCUUUGGGAACUACACCCUCCUGAACGUCUUCUUGGCCAUCGCUGUGGACAACCUGGCCAACGCCCAGGAGCUGACCAAGGAUGAGGAGGAGAUGGAGGAAGCCACCAACCAGAAGCUGGCCCUGCAGAAGGCCAAGGAAGUGGCCGAAGUGAGCCCCAUGUCUGCAGCCAACAUUUCCAUAGCAGCUUUUGUAAAGCAAACUCGAGGUACUGUAUCUCGCAGCUCGUCAGUCUCCAGCGUAAAUUCACCAAUCAUUCCCAUCAUUGUGGAAAUCCUCCAGGCCAACAUCCAGUGGAAGGACUGGAACACUGUCAUAUGA